AUGUCGCGAGCCUCCAAGCUCACCCUCGGGGCGACCUCCCUCUUCGCCGCCGCGACCAUUGUCUUUGUGCACUUUCAGCAAAAGGCCGAGCGAGCCGCCAUGCACGAAGGCGUCGUCCGCGACAUGGAGCAGCAGCGCGUCAAGCGCGAGCGCCAGCUCGACUUUGACAUGCAGCGCGCCCUCGAGCAAGAGUACAAGCAGCACCAGACGGUCCGCGACUCCACGUCAGAAGCAGACGACACCAAGGCGCCCGCGCCGAGAUAG